AUGGUAUCUGAAAAGGAUUUUAAUAAGCUCUUGGAGUUGAGUAAAGAUCAUAUCGAGCUUAUGAACACGAUAUACCGACUAAAAACAUUCGAUGAAACCGAAAUCGACAAAAUUUACAAAGAUAUAAAAAUUAAAAUGAUUGAUACUAAACUAUACACGCCAGAAUCUUUUUGUAUGAUUAUUUCCGAUGCUUCAAAAUUCAAUAACAGGUAUUUGAAAUCAUAUUUAUCCUUAUUCAAAAAGAUUAUUCAAGAAUAUCAUAUAAAAACAAUACAUAGGAUUUCAGCCAUUCUUAAUUACUUUGUUUAUAAAGAAUGUGGAAUUAUUCUUGAUUUUGAUAACGCGUUUUAUUUAAAAGAUUAUGAAUCUCAAAAUAUUUCCAUUAAUAUUCAUGAAGAAAAUACUAUUUACAAAGCAAUAAUGGAAGAUGAUUUAAAGAUGUUUAUAUUAUUCACAGAAAUCGAUGGAUUUGAUGUAAAUCAUGCAGAAGAGUUUAGUAAUUUUUAUCCAGAACCUCUUGAGUAUUCAUAUCUCGAAUUAUGUUGUUAUCAUGGAGCCGUUAAUUGUUUCAAAUUAUUAAGAACAAAAUACAAUCAAGAAAUAACAUAUCAAUGCCUUAUGUUUUCAUUUUUAAGCGGAGUUCCUGAUAUCGUGAAUGAAUGUUUAAAGGUGCAAAAACCAUUAUAUCAAUGUAUGGAAUAUUCAAUCAUAUCACAUAACAUUGAUUUCAUUUCAUAUUUGAUGAAUGAAUAUGAAUUAACGAUCGAUCCUGAAGAUUGUUGCAAACAUAAUAAUCUUCAUGCAUUUUUGGUUUAUUUCGACCAAACUAAUGAUAUACAAAAUUGUUUAGUUUCAUCUCCACUUUUUCAUCUUCCAUCUCUUUGUGAAUAUUUUAUUUCACAAUGUGAUAAUAUCAAUGAAAAUGAAGCCUGUGAAACAACUGCUCUUUGUAAUGCAGCAUAUAGUGGAUGCAAGGAAAUUACUGAACUUUUCAUUUCCCAUGGAGCAAAAGUUGAUGUACGAGAUUGUGAUAAUUUGAUUCCUCUUCAUUAUGCAGCCAAAACAAACAGUAAAGAAAAUGUUGAAGUCCUCAUCUUACAUAAUUCAGAUGUCAAUUCAAAGACAUAUUUUAAUGAAUGGACUCCUAUUCAUUAUGCAGCAAUUACGAACAAUAUGGAAAUUGUGGAGCUUCUUAUUUCAAAUGGUGCAGAUGUGACUGCAAAAGAUGUCAACGGAAAUACAGUUCUACACCAUGCUUCAGAACAUAAUAGUAUAGAAGCAGCAGAAGUUCUAAUUUCCCAUGGAGCAUUUGUAGAUGAAAAAAAUAUGUCUGGUCAAACGUCUUUAUUUUUUACAGCAAUUUGGAAUGAUGUAGAAAUGACAGAAUUCCUUUUGAAGCAUGGUGCUGAUAUUAAUGCAAAAGAUAAUGAUAAUAAAACACCACUUAUAUUUGCUAUUGAAAACGGAUGUGAAUAUACAGCGAAAUACCUCAUUUUGCACUAUGCCGAUGUCAAAGCUAAAGACAAAUCAGGCAAAACUACCUUUGAUUAUGCAAAUGAAUUGGAACUAACCGAAAUAGUAGACCUUUUAAUUUCUCACGGUGCGUAA